AUGCCGCCUGGAUGGAGGCCGAGCAGUUCCAUUGCUUCCACGGAGUCAAGGAUAACGUCCCGGAUGUCGACAACAGAGGUUGCACCUGAAACUAAGGGAGCGAAUCUCCUGAGAAGGAAUUCGGAUGAUGUGGGAUGGGAAUAUGGGGUUCUUGUUGAUGCUAACAACAAGGACAAGGUGAAAUGCAAACUCUGUGACAAGGUGAUGCAAGGAGGGAUUUAUCGGUUGAAGCAACAUGUGGCCCAUGAAGGAAAGAAUGCGACGAAAUGCAAGGCCAGAACACCGAAGGCUCUGGAGGCUAAAGAGAAGUGCAAGAAAAACUAA